CAACGUUUUAGUACCCACUGCAUCGUCGUGCCAAUCAGCGAUACUGGUACGGAAUUUGGGCAGACGAGACGAGCGGGACACCACCAAGAUUCUCAAACCCUCGAGUUGUGCUUACUGUAACAUGAAAAGGGCAAAGCCCUGGAGUGACGGAGACGAUGAUGAUUCCUCGUCUGAUGAAUCUUCAACCCUAGAUACUGACGCAGAGUCUAAUGAUGGGUCUAACAAGAACAAGGUAGAUGUUAGCGUAACAUCUAGAAGACCAUCCAAAGAAAAGGCAUCUGAAGGUGAUUCUGGAAAGCGGAAGAACAGGGCUAUUGAUUUUGAAGCUUUGAGUCGACAUGGCUAUAAAGGUGGUCUAUCAGUUUUGAGUGUGCCUCUUCCACAAGACGGGAAUGACCAAAAGCAAGAUUGGUCUUGGUCGACUGGCAAGGAAGGUCAUCCCGCGAAGGAGACUGAAGAAACUUAUGAUGAGCGGCAGAGAACUAGAGCAGCUGUUAUCGAAGCAGAGAGGCUAACAGAUGCACAAACUCAGAAAGAGAGAAAGAACCUCCUCUCAUUUGCCCAGAAAGAGAAGAGGAAAAGAGAUCUUGGUCAGGCCAGUAGGGGGAAGAGCUAUGUUGAAGAAGAGAAGAGGCUGCUGAGGGAGAGUGGCAUCUAUUCAGGUUUUGAUUCCUGAUCCGACAUGUACGUUGUCACCUGUUGUUAUUUCAUCUUAUUUAGUAAUGUUAAUUAUAUACAGUGUAAAAGCUGAACUCUGUUAUGUUAUGUAGGUUUAGGUUCCUUGCAUUCUUAGGAUAAGCUGUAAUGUACUUCCCGGUUUAUGUGAACAUUACAUUAGGUUGUGCUCUAUCUAGUUUAAGAGAGGAGAGAUUUUGAACCAAAAAGAGGAUUCAUGAUCAUACUCUUGGUUCUGGGCAGCCCUUUACUUCCCCAACAGUAGGGAAAGGUCCACUGCUCCCAACCUUUUUUAAUGUUUAACAUUCAAAUUUUAUUU